UCACGGUUGGCGGCGCUGCAGUAGUGCUUCACUUUUCCGGCGAACAGCCUUUCCGAAGACGCAGCUCGACGCGGCUGGACGUUGUUCGAUUAUAAUCGGGAGACAUCAGCGGUUUUCCGUUAUUUGUUAAACAAAUAAACUGUCAAAAUGCCUCCCAAAUUCGACCCCACUGAAGUCAAGAAGGUGUUCCUGAGGUGUGUCGGAGGUGAAGUAGGAGCUACUUCUUCUCUUGCCCCCAAAAUCGGUCCACUUGGUCUGUCUCCCAAGAAGGUCGGUGACGACAUCGCCAAGGCGACCAGCGACUGGAAGGGUCUGAAAAUCACCGUCCAGCUGACGAUCCAAAACAGACAGGCCACCAUCUCCGUGGUGCCCUCGGCUGCGUCGCUGAUCAUCAAGGCCCUGAAAGAGCCCCCAAGGGACCGCAAGAAGGUCAAGAACAUUAAGCACAGCGGAAACUUGUCUUUCGACGAGAUCGUGUCCAUCGCGCGCGCGAUGAGGCCCAGGUCCAUGUCCCGCGAACUCAGCGGAACCAUCAAGGAAAUCCUUGGUACCUGCCAGUCCGUCGGUUGCACCGUCGAGGGCAGGCCGCCCCACGACAUCAUCGACGAGAUCAACAGCGGAGAUUUCGAAACGCCAGAAGAGUAAAUGAUUGUUUGCAACUUUGGCAAUAAAAAAAUCUAAAAAAUCAA